AUGUUCAAGCGCAAGCCCGAAAUCAGAAACCUUGCGCCUUUGCGCUCGUCAGAUCGACGAAAACUCGCCGAUCAAAUUAUCCGCGACUACCAAGUUGCUCUCCCAGACCAGUCUGACGAGACUUCAUCAUCAAGCACACUGUCAGCAGUGCGCAACUCACUACUGCCAGAUUCAACCUCAUCCGCUCGCUUCAUCACAUCAACAGAGCAAGGAACUGUCUACAUCGGAACCCACCAAGAUCAAGAUGAACGCGUCCUUUGGUUCCAGACGGGAAAGAACCCCCGCUUGAUACCGACUGUCUACACCCUAUGGCGCAACCCUAAUCUCAUCCCGCUCCUUCACACGCCCGACUUUGUCGUCGAAGAGAAGCUCAAGCAGGGUGCCGAUUUAAUGGUUCCUGGUUUGGUGAAAGCUAGAGGCUCCACAUGGGACAAGCGAGCCACCACAGGCGCUGUUGUGGCUGUCGCAGGUCUCCAGAAUGAUACCGUCCCUGUUUGGGUUGGAACCUGUCAAAUCGACGUGCAAACUCUUCCCGACGACUUACGGGGACAGAAAGGCGCCGCUGUCAAGGCCCUUCACUGGGCUGGUGACGAAUGUUGGAGCUGGAAGUCUCUCGGCAGUGGAGGUAUCGACCCACCUCCAAACCUCGAAGGAUGGACUGGUCUAGGUGCAGAGCUCGCAUCGCAACUUGGAAAGGUAUCACUGGAAGAUGGAAACCAAUCAGCAGAGUCAUCACCUAGCACCCAACCCGAUGAAUCGCACCCAACGGAAGACAAUGCAGACGAUGCGAACGUCGCCGACGAAGAACGAGAACCAACGACACGAGAGGUUGACAACGCAUUUCACCAGGCCUUCCUCUUUGCCGCCUACAAAGCGAAACAGUCUGGCAGCCCACCUCAUUAUGGCCUGAACUUUCCACUUCAGCCAUCUUUUAUCAUCGCCAGCAUGAUCCAGCCCAACCUCCGAUCUCAAAGUCGGCAUUACAAUAUCAAGAAGACAUCAUGGAAGAAUGCGAAAAAGUUCAUCAAGGAACUAAACAAGCAGAAGAUCGUGCUUGCAAAGGACAGAAAUGGAGGUGAGACGGUCAUUCUUGACAUUGACUUUGAUGAUGCCCAGAUCAAUGGUUUCCGACCCUAUCGACUGCCGACACCCAAAGCCUCGGCUGCCGAAGCUGGUUCUUCCACUGAGGAUGCGGGUCAGUCAUCGACUAGCAGCGUAUCUUCUGGGCAGAAGAUCAAUAUCCAGUUUGUCUAUCGCCCAUCCUCCAAGCUCGUACCGACCCUCCUCCCUUCAAAGACCGACUUCUACAGCGCGCAAGAGAUUUCAGCAGCUCUGAAGUCGUACAUCGACGAGCAUCCCGAACUGGGAGGUCAGGGCAAUUCUAGCGUCAAGCUGGAUCCUUUCAUCGCCAACGACAUUCUGGGCAACCGACCGACUGACGACGAUCGCAGCUGGCUUGCAGCAGGACGAAUCACCCGAAGUGCACUCCAAAAGCGAGUCCUCGAAGACACUCACUUGUGUCAGCCAUUCCAUAUUAUUUCACAAGGACGCCCCUCACCUGACCAAAAGCCCAAGGCUGGAUCGCCGCCUCGCAUCCUCAUCACGAUGGAGAAGCGAACCGGUACAAAGGUUGUUACCAAGAUUUCCAAUCUUGAACCUUUCUUUAUGGACCCUCAAGUCCUGGCACCUGAACUUCAGAAGAAGUGUGCAGGGUCGGCAAGCGUGGGUCAAGUCGCUGGUGCGAAACCUGGGUUGAUGGAGGUUGUUGUUCAAGGUGAUCAGCGCAAGAUUCUCACAAACGACAUCCUGGCCAAGAAGGGAAUCGACAUGAAGUGGGUGGACAUUGUGGACAAGACAAAGCCAAAGAAGAAAUCGUAG